AUGCGGAGCGAUGAUAAAACAAUUGUUACGAGAGAAAAAAAUAAUCUAAACAAAGAUCCUUCACUUACUUCCUUGGAAGAUCAGAAAAUUGAUCGUUCAAUUGAAAAACAAUUGUUACGGAAACUUGACAUGAGGAUUAUACCUUUAUUCACAUUGUCAUAUUUCUUUAAUAAUUUGGAAAAAUCUAAUAUCGGUAAUGCCAAAAUCGCAGGUUUAACUGCCAACAGUGGUAUCAGUGAACCGGAUUAUAAUAAUGCUUUAUCAUUAUUCUAUAUUGGAGCUAUACUAUUCGACAUGCCUUCAGGCUUUUUGAAUAAAAAAAUAGGAAUUAAUAUUUGGUAUCCAAUAAUAUUGGUUGGCUGUGCUUCAUGUUCUUUAUUACAAGCAUUCGUUGCCAACGCUAGCCAACUUCAAGCUCUAAGAUUUCUUCUGGGUGUUUUUGAAAGCGCUGCAGGGCCUAUUCAAUUUUAUUAUUAUACAGUUUGGUAUACUCCUAAUGAAAUUAGUGUAAGAGCUGCUAUUGCUUUUAGUUUCUCAAUGACUGCAGGUGCUUUCGGUAGCCUUACAGCUUAUGCUAUUGUGAAUAACAUGGAUGGAUUAAAUGGUUUACAUGGAUGGCAAUGGAUAUUUAUUAUAGAAGCAUUGCCUCCAUUUAUCUUGGCAGCAAUAUUUUAUUUUGUCAUCCCUAAAGAUCAAAAUCAUGCGAAAUUUCUAACAAAAGACGAAGUUUCCCUCGCUUAUGAAAGACUACAAAUUCGGGUUACACCAAAGAAAUUACCAAAUGAUGUAAUAAAGAAACAAAUAUUCAGUGUUUUCACCGAUUUUAAGAUGUACCUAUUUGCGAUUGGUACACUCGCUAAUUCGGUGCUUUUAAAUUCAGUUCUGCUUUUUACUCCAACAAUUAUAAAAGAAAUGGGGUUUGAUUCAAUCAGAGCUCAAGCACUUUCAGCUCCACCGUUUAUUGUUGGUAGCAUUGUCUUGUCUUUUAAUGCUUGGCUUAGUAAUCGAAAUAAUGAACGUGUAUUUCAUAUUGCGAUACCAGAUUUAAUUGCAGCUGUAGGUCUCAUUGUAACAAUUUCAAUUGCCCCUACCAAAGAAAACAUUGUGAUAAGAUAUGUAGCCGCAUGUAUCACGAUUGCCGCCUUAAUUUCUUAUCUUGCAGUUUUUGCUUCUUGGAUGACAUCUAAUAUUGUCGGACAAUAUAAAAGGGCAGUUGGAAUGGCAUUUAUCGGAACAAUAGGGGAAACCGGUGGAAUCAUAGCAGGUCAAGUUUAUAGAGCAGAUAACAUUUCACGUGGUCACGUCAUAAUAUUUUCAUUCCUUUGUCUUCAUCUGACUAUUGUCUUGUCAGCAAAAUUCAUAUUUACCAGGCUCAAUAAGAAAAAAGAUUUACUCCAAAAAAAUAGUGAUAAUAAGGAUGUAAAGUUUGAAGAGAAAUAUAACGAAGAAUUGUUUGAUCAUCAUCCAAACUGGAGAUAUCUCACCUAA